AACGAUCUUUUUUUGAUUACUCGAUAUUGGGGAAGUACAUGAAUGAGUAGGGAAAAUCCAAAAAGUGAAAGAAGAUUGAAAGCUUAUCAAAAUCACUUUUCGUAUAAAAUGUGUAAGAAUUUCUUUGAUAUUCAACAGUUGCAGUUGAUAAAGCAGAACAAAAUGAAAUUUUUAAUAAUUUUAACAGUUUUGAUAUCAUCAGUUGUGGCUAAGGAAAUUCCAGAGUACUGGAAGCCAAUUGACUUUUCUAAAGUAGUUAAAAUUGAGAACACUCCUGGAUUUUGGGAUCAACUCCCAAAAAUCUUUCAAGAAGAAUCAUCAGUCUCUAGAAAUCGACGAAUUUUCGGGGGUAAAGAAGUUGAGCCCAACAACCAUCCUUACCAAGUAGCUAUUCUCAGUGAGUUAAAUCCAACAUCAACGGGACUUUGUGGCGGAACAAUUUUAAACACGCAAGCUAUAUUGACAGCGGCACACUGUAUAGAUCGUUUUCUUAGAGCUACAAUCAUCGCUGGUGCCCACAAUAUUCAAAUACUAGAAUCAGCUCAACAGCGAAUAACAGCAGAGUUUGCAAGCUUCAGAAUUCAUCCAGGAUGGAAUGGAUUUGAUUUUAUGGAUGAUAUUGGAAUUGUAAUAUUGCCAACUGCCUUGACAUUUAAUGCUUAUGUGACACCUACUCGUCUGCCAUUCGGACAUGAGACUGAAACAUUUGCUGGAGAAUGGUCGAGGGUCAUUGGAUGGGGAAUGACUGGUGAAGGUUCUGGAUCUAGUUCAGUCCUUAGAGAAGCUUACAAUACUGUUCUUACAAAUCAGGACUGCAUUAAUGUAUGGGGAGCUGAUUUGAUCCGAUCAACCAUACUUUGCACAUCGUCAAUUGGGCAAGGCACAUGUAGCUCGGACUCUGGAGGAAGUUUAACAGUUUCAAGAGAUUCUAGACCUGUACAGAUUGGAAUUGUUAACUUUGGGUCAUCAAGGUGUGGAUCUAAUUUACCAGUUGCUUUUGCCAGAGUUACAAGCUAUUUGGACUGGAUUGUCGCUAAUCAAAAUGUAUAGUCUUAUUUUGUGCUUAUUGCAAUAAACUUAUCAUGUCAAAUUUUAUUAAAAAUCACAUAAAAAUGUCAAGUUCCAUGACAUUGUCAAGUUAAAAAUUCUAA